UUAUUCUUAUUUUCAGGAGUACACCAAGCAUAAAUCACUCAUGAUGACUGCUUCUAAAUGGGAUGAUAAACAGAUGGACGUAGGAUCUUCUGGAAACCAUGACAGCAUUGUAGAAGUUUUGGGAAAAUCUCCUAUUACCACAUUCCGGGAGAUCAACGGAUGGGAUAUAUCUUCAACUCAGUUUUUAGAAAAACAAGUUGAAAUCAUGAGAUGUGAAGCUUACACCAAAAUUCCAGUCGAUCUGGUCCAUAAAAUGAUAGAAACACAGGAAGUCUCUCCGCAAGCUGGAUAUAAGAUUAUUAGAGAAUUCCGUUGUAAAACUGAAGAAUUUAUUCAAAAUCUGAAUAAACAGUUUCAGAUUGCCAAGCAGGAAGUUCAUAGAGAAAUUACUCUCAGAAAUAAGGCAGAGAUAGAAAAGCUUCACACUGAACGAAGGAAUGCAAUGGAAGCUCUUCAGAAAAAACAAGGUAGCAGAGAAGAGAUGAUUAAAAUUCAGAAGGAAUAUGAAGACAAAGAGAAAGAUUUAGUGAUACAAUUGGAAUUGAAACAAGAACAUGAUAUGUAUUCACUGAACAGGGAAUUCGAUUUAAAAAAAAGGAAAGGACUAAAGGAUUUAGAAGAAGAAUUGUUGAAUUUGGUUCGAGAAGAAUCUUCAUUAUUACUGGAAAAAUACGAAUGGCUGAAAGAGGAAUCAGAAAGAAAACAAGCAGAAUUUCAGAAAAUCAUAGAAAAUAUUGCGACAUAUGAAAACGCAGUUCUUGAGGAAAGACACCAAAAGCAUCAAGCCAUGUUUGAAAUUUCUAAUAACCAGGAAGUUGAUUACAGAUAUUUACUCAAUAAAGCCGUCGCCAACCAAAAGGGAAUACUUCAAAAACUGAAACAAGACAAGAUAAUUACUGAUGACGAAAGCGACCAAUUUUGUACGGAGUUGCAUCAGGAAUUACGAAGAAUUAAAGACGAAUUCUCGGAGAAGAGAUUUGCAAAAGAGAAAGAAUUACACGCGGAGCUGUCACUCGAGAAGAAACGCAUUCUGGAAGAUUUGGAGAAUAAACAUAACAGAGAAAUUGCUGAUCUGGAGGCGAAGUUUAAACAACAGAAUGACCUAGAUGAACUGUCCAGAAUGAUCGAACUGAAAAGGACAAAAUCCAACCAGAGAAUUGAACUGAUGAAAACAGAAAUAUCGUUGGAUGAGAAACACGUUCAAGCAUUGAAUGAGUUACGUGAGAAAACAUCACAGGAAAGCAUAGCAGAGUUCGAGAAAGCCUUAGAAAAUAUGAUCAGGUCAAUGAAAAGCCAGAGUGUGAAGAUGUUGUGGAUGGCUAUAUCUAUAAUUAUAGACAAGACAUACAAAAUCUGGAAAGAAAGCAACAAGAAGAAAGAAAGGAAUACACUAUCAAA